GACCAGGCCCCUAAAUGCAUUGAAGCAACUGCCAUGUGAUUGGUUGAUUUGAUAAUUGCAUUAAUGAGAAAUUGAACCGGUGUUCCUUAUAAUCCUUAAGGUGAGUGUAUAUUCACACUGUAUGACAUAAUCUUCAAUAAAAGAUUUGUCUCUUAUGUCUCUUAACAGGCCCUAAGGUUUUUCAGGCUAUAGCUCUUUGUGAAGUGGGGGAAAAUGGCAAGCCCGGGCAAAUGAUAUUUGCCAUUGCUUUUAGAGGUUGCACUAUAGAAAAACAACAUUUUCUUGACAAUAUGUUUACAUGUCAGGGUAUCAGGCAUGAAAAAAUUAAACAACACAGGCCGGAAGUGAACGGUGCCAUGCUCGAUUAUGCCUCCAAAUACUAUCCAACCUGCAUCACAUUGCUCAAGAAUUACCUUAAGAAAAGAGAUACUCAGAUAAAUAGAACAGUGAAACCCAGAAUUAGUCUCAUACAGAAAGCACAUCCAGAUUGUGGAGGGUCUCGGGUGAUGUGUCUGGCAACAGGAUUUUACCCUCGACACAUUAAUCUGACCCUGUUCAGAGAUGGACAGCCUGUAUCUGAUGAUGAGAUCACUGGAGGAGAUCUGCUGCCCAAUGAUGAUGGGACGUACCAGAUGAGGAAGAUCCUGGAGAUCAGUGAAGAAGAACAGAGAGAGAAACACAAUUACACCUGCACUGCCACACAUCUCAGUCUGGACAACAAACUGGACAUCAAACUAGACUAUCCAGGAACAAUUUUAACAUCAGACCCUAAUUCAGUGCUUUGUGUUUUUAUAAUCUCACACAUUGUCUGUAUCGUGUGCAUUAUAAUUGUAUAUCAUACUCACUCGCGUACAGAGUUUUGGAUAUUUAUAGUAAUUUGUAAAAUACUGUUCAUUUCUCAGCGUCCUGUUUAUCAGCUACUGUUCAAAGCACUGUAUAAAAUUUACACAACAUCAUGGGAUUAAAGUGGUAAACAUGAAGAAGUGGAGAGGUUUUCCGAAGUAAUUCCGAAGAUUUUCUUAAGUAAUAGACUCCUGAGGCCUUGAUCCUGAAAAAAAGCAUCUGUAUUUUACCGCAUUAACAGACAUAUAUUCCCAAUCAUUAUAUAAUUAGAAUGACACAAAUCUAUCGAGAUCACAUACAGAUUUUUACAUAUGCCUACAUUUCUUAUUGUUUCCAUUCAUGUUUUAGUUCACUUCUUGAGGUCAUUUGCAAACUGUUUUGAUAAUAUUUGCUAUUAGGAUUGAAAAUUAAGUUCUGGUCUUUGUCCUUGCUGGUCUUUCUUUAAUCUGUGAUUUGUAUUCCCCAACACUAACUUUUUCAGAAUAAUCAAACUAUAGAAUGGAUCUUAAGGUUUAUUAAAGUAUGACAAUGCACUUAAGAUUUAAAGAUGUAAUUGACUAUGCCUGCUAUUAAAUUUACACUUGUGUAAAAAUUGAUCCUUAAUGCAACUGAUUAAACAAAAAAUGAGACUUUUCUUGUUUAUAAUAUGUAAAACCAAACCUACCAGUUUCAGUUAUCAAAGACAUACAUGAGUCAUAAAAAAACUCAAAAUGUUUUUCCAUGGGGUUCCAAGCUGUUCAUUUUCUUAAUCGUUUCUGCCAUAACUGGUUACCCAAAAUGUAAUCCGUGUAUUGGCGACAUCUAGUGGUCAAUAAGUGAAUUCACGGGUUUUAGACCAUAAUACAUUUUUUGUUACAUACAGGAAACAUCUCCACACUAUCUGCUUGCUGCCUGUCCGCUGAUCAAACUGUAAAAAAACGCGAUCUCUGUAGAUAGCCCAGGCUCCACAAACUGCAAAAAAACACAGUGGCCAAACCUACCACCAGAAAACAUAA